GUUCCUCGUUCAGGAUGUGUGCUGAGUUUUCUCGGUAAGCCACAACGUGAUUGUAUCAGUUCUGCCAGGGCUGCUCAGAGUUUCACACACUCUUCUACCAAAGACAUCGCAGAAAUCUGACAUCAGCAACCAGAUAGAUACCAAUGGAUAAUUUUAGUGAUGAAUAUUUCGAUAACUUUUUCGAUUAUCAAAAUGUCACGCCAUAUGAAGGAGAAGUCGUAGAUGGAGAGGUUGCUUUAUGCAAGAAAAACGAUGUGCUCCACUUUGGAGCAACAGUUCUCCCAGCUUUCUACUCCAUUAUGUUCUUUCUGAGCUUGUUUGGAAAUGGACUGGUGCUGUGCAUCAUCUACAAAUAUGAGAAGCUCAGCACGGUUAACAACAUAUUCUUGCUCAACCUCGUCAUUUCAGACCUCAUCUUCACCUUUAGCCUCCCUUUCUGGGCAGUCUACCACAAGUCUGAAUGGAUCUUUGGCCAAGGCCUUUGCAAGUUGGUGGGAAGCUGUUAUUUCAUCGGCUUCAACAGCUCCAUCCUCUUCCUCACCCUCAUCACCUUUGACCGCUACCUUGCAGUGGUCCAUGCCAUCUCUGCAGCCAAGAGCAGAAGGAAGGUGUACGGGUUUGCAUCAUCUGCCGCUAUCUGGGUGAUCAGUAUUUUGGCGAGUAUAAAGGAUAUAGUUUUUUACGAUGUGAUGAAGGGUGGAAACGGUUUGCUGUGUGAAAUGACUGGUUACCACCAGAUUUUCCUCACAAAAUGGGAGCUGAUUGGUUAUUAUCAGCAGUUUUUCCUGUUCUUCUUGGUGCCUCUGUUCAUCGUCAUGUACUGCUACAUCCGCAUCACCAUCAGGAUCAUGUUCACUCGCUUGGCGGAGAAGUGCAGGGCAGUCAAACUCAUCUUUGUCAUCGUCUUCACCUUCUUCAUCUGCUGGACGCCUUACAAUGUGGUCAUCCUGUUGAAAGCCAUCAAGAAGUCCUUUGGAGAGCAGAACGACUGCUCAGAUGCCCUCGACUAUGCACUGUACGUCACACGAAACUUUGCCUACCUGUACUUCUGCAUCAGCCCUGUCUUCUACACUUUUUUGGGGAAGAAGUUUCAAACCCAUUUUCUGAAGCUUUUGUCCAAGAAGAUAACGUGUCUGAAAAUCGAUUAUGCCAUGCCGUCAACAACCAGUAAAACCACAUCAACCAGGAGCCCAAUCACUGACUACUGAACAUGAACAGGACUAACAGGAAUGUGGUUUGUAUGUGUGAAAUGCUUUGCGUGAUAAAUGUAUUGUUGGCAGGACACAAAUACGAAUGACAAGAAAAAAGAAAAACUAAGAAUCCAAAGUGUCAUGUUUCCUUUGAGUUUAAUGUCCAGUUAUUUCUCAUUCGGUGCAUAUUAAUGACUAGUAUAUGCCUAAAGAGUUCAAUUUUAGCUCAUUUAGAAAAAGCAUAGAUAAGAAUUGUAAUGUUUUACUUUCUACUUGUAAAUUUGUACAUAUGUAAAUAUUUUGUCACAAAUACAUUUGAUAUCAGAAUUUUUUUUUUAAAUUUUACUCUAUUAGCAAAUGUAUUAAUGAAAACAUAAGUCAAAUUUAUUUUACUUAAAAAAAAAACAAAUAUAUCAAAGGUAUUUGUGACAUUGCAACAUACUGUGUAUCAUGUAACCUAAAUCUACGGAUUCCUUUGCAUUUAAUCUCUCUUUACUUGUGGAAUUUUAUCUUUUGUGUAAAAUUAUUGUUGUAAAGGUUUAUUCAGUGCCAUUAAUUGCUGGUGUAUUCUGAGAAAAAAAAGUGACAGGAAGUUUCCUGAUAUGAUCUAUUCCCCCAUUUGGUGACCUGUUCUUUGAACAGUAUAUAAGCUUACGCAUUUGUCAAGUUCUCUGAAAUUAGUAAACUUCCUGUCUUGUGAACACCUAAAUACUGUUCAUCAGAGCAUUGGUAUUCAUCCGAUCUGUAUUUUAAAAAUGAACUUAUUUCUAUAAGGCAUGACAAUAAAUCAUUAUAAAUGA